CAAUAAAAGCAACUGCAACUACAGCAAUGACAGCAACAACUGCAACUACAGCAAUGACAACAACUACAGCAAUGAAAUCAACAACUGCAGCUACAGCAAUGACAGCAACACCUGCAACUACAGCAAUGACAACAACUACAGCAAUGAAAUCAACAACUGCAAGUACAGCAAUGACAACAAAAACUGCAACUACAGCAGUGACAGCAACUACAGCAAUGACAGCAACAACUGCAACUACAGCAAUGACAGCAACUGCAGCUACAGAAAUGACAACAACAACUGCAAUUACAGCAAUGACAUGAACUGCAACUACAGCAAUGACAGGCACAACUGCAACUACAGCAAUGGCAACAACAACUGCAACUACAGCAAUGACAGCAACAACUGCAUCUACAUCAAUAAAAGCAACAACUGCAACUACAGCAAUGACAGCAACUGCAACAACAGCAAUGACAGCAACUGCAAUUACAGCGAUGACAUCAACUGCAACUACAGCAAUGACAGCAAAACUGCAACAACAGCAAUGACAUUAAAAGCUGCAACUAAGGCAAUAAAAGCAACAACUGCAACUACAGCUAUGACAUCAACUGCAACAAUAGCAAUGACAGCAACUACUGCAGCUACAGCAAUGACAACAACAACUGCAAUUACAUCAAUAAAAGCAACAACUGAAACUACAGCAAUGACAGCAACUGCAGCUAAAGAAAUGACAACAACUGCAACUAUAGCAAUGACAGCAACUACUGCAACUAAGGCAAUAAAAGCAACUGCAACUACAGCAAUGACAGCAACCACUGCAACAACAGCAAUGACAACAAUACCUGCAACUACAUCCAUGACAACAAUACCUGCAACUACAUCCAUGACAGCAACAACUGCAACAACAGCAAUGACAGUAACUACUGCAACUACAGCAAUGACAACAACUGCAACUACAUCAAUGAUAGCAACUGCAGCUACAGAAAUGAUAACAAUAACUGCAAUUAGAGCAAUAACAUCAAAUGCAGCUACAGCAAUGACAGCAACAACUGCAACUAAGGCAAUAAAAGCAACUGCAACUACAGCAACCACAGCAACAACUGCAACUACAGCAAUGACAACAACUACAGCAAUGAAAUCAACAACUGCAGCUACAGCAAUGACAGCAACACCUGCAACUACAGCAAUGACAACAACUACAGCAAUGAAAUCAACAACUGCAAGUACAGCAAUGACAACAAAAACUGCAACUACAGCAGUGACAGCAACUACAGCAAUGACAGCAACAACUGCAACUACAGCAAACAACCACAAAAACAACCUAAUAUUGAACAACCACAUCAACAACCAGAAACUGAACAACCACAUCAACAACUUGAUACUGAACAACCACAUCAACAACCACAAUAACAAACUAACAUUGAACAACCAAUUCAACAACCAGCAACUAAACAACCACAUAAACAACCUGAUACUGAACAACCACAUCAACAACCAGCAACUAAACAACCACAUCAACAACCUGAUACUGAACAACCACAUCAACAACCUAAUAUUGAACAACCACAUCAACAACCAGAAACUGAACAACCACAUCAACAACCAGCAACUAAACAGCCAAAUCAACAACCAGCAACUGAACAACCACAUCAACAACCAGCAACUACACAACCACAAAAACAACCUAAUAUUGAACAAUCACAUCAACAACCAGCAACUGAACAACCACAUCAACAACUUAAUACUGAACGACCACAACAACAACCAGCAACUGAACAACAACAUCAACAACCAGCAACUGAACAACCACAACAACAACUAAAUAUUGAACAACCACAUCAACAACCAGCAACUGAACAACCACAACAACAACUAAAUAUUGAACAACCACAUCAACAACCAGCAACUGAACAACCACAUCAACAACCAGAAACUGAACAACCACAUCAACAACCAGCAAAUGAACAACUAUAUCAACAACUGCAACAUGAUGUUCAACAGCCAAACUAAAGAGGAAUUUCCCAUCAGUCUCUGCCUGACGUAGUAUUGAGCUCUCUGAUUGGACGGUUAUGUGUGCUAAAUCUCAACAUUACAUUGAAGACUAACUGGCUGGUAAAGUCUCCUGACAUCAGUUCAUGCUACGACGUAAGAACGCGUCUGUUUAAGGGUCGAUCCUGAUCCCAAGAAUCGGUGCAUCCCUAGGACAAACUCUUCAUCCCAACCCUAACGCACUGACGGACAACCUAAACUGGUCUAAACCCAGGUUUCUCAGAACCGGGAUCCGUUAAUAUCCCGGUUACUAGAGACGUUUUCAUGCACAAAGAGAAACUGGGAUCAUCAGGUCCAUGUAAACACAGUCGAUGACUCGCCAACGUCUCCUCUGAGCAGCAGGAUUUAGCCUCAGACAGAGGACCAGGUACGCUAUACUGGCCUAUGUGGAGGAGAAAUGACAAUGGUAGAAAUGAAGAACCUGGUACCAAACAGGGUCCAGUCGAGCUGAUACCGCUGAUAGAGGCGCACCGAUAGACGUUGAGACAACCCCAAAGGUUAAAGCACUUAAAGGUCCCGGCCUCUAACAGGUAGCCACUGAUUUAUGCUCAGAAAUGUGGCUUUAAAAUAAUCUCAGCAAACAAGCCAGAAAAAGAAAAACUCUUAGAAGUGAGUCAAAGUAGGGAUGCCCUGAUCACAUUUUUAUACAGCAGAUGUGAGAGCAGUCAAUCACAGCCAUGAAACUGAUCAGAGUGAUAGUUUCUGAUUUAUCUGCUGGUUUACUUAGCUCUGUAGUGUCCUUAGACCUCCUACAGGGGGCAGUAUCACCUGAUAAAAGGAGCCCACAGUCACCAACAUGCUAAAAAUCCAAACAACCUCCCAGUGCAGAGCUGUGGAAGAACACAAGAACGUCCUGUAGGGGAACAGAAACGGGCAAUUUGGCUGAUAGAAGAUCAGUGCUAAAGGUUUCAGUAAAAAUACUAGCACUGACGACAAAACAUACCUCAGCUCUGUCAUGGCUUUAUGAACCACUGAAAAUCACAAACGUCCAUUUUUUCAUUCCGGUCAUUAUUUAAGACUUUUUUUUCCUGUGAUGGUACGGGCGACCGUUCAGAGGGGACUGUCCUGAUUGUGUGGCUGCUGCCUUCAUUGUUGUUGAGUCAUCAUUGCUGUCGAUGUUGCCAUCUUUGUUGCUGUCAUUGUUGCUGCAAUCGCCGUUGCCAUGGUCACUGCCAUCAUAGUUGCUGUGGUUGUUGCUCGCGGCUCGGCUGCAGCUCCGUUACCUCGACCUGCACCCCCUCAGGAUGCACCUCUCCUCACCUCCUCAUCUCCCGCUGUGGGUGCAGAGCUCUAACUUUGAAGGGAAUUGUAGUUUUUUUUUUUGGGAUGAAUAGUGUCGUUUUAAAGAUGCUCUCUCUCUUUUUAGUGAACUUGGGUUCCGUCGUUUGCAGACGACAUCCUAGUGUAGUUUGGUAUAUUUCUAGCUUAUUGUAAGUCUUGCAUUCCAACCUCUUUGUGUAUCUCUUUAGUGACAUUUGAUCUGGAUGGCGUGCUGUUACAGCAGGAAGCUAACAAACAACCUUCAGCUACACCAUGUUUCAUAAAUCUGCAGUUUAUCGACUACAGGGAGAAAGAAGACUUUUGUUACAUAUCUCAUAUGCAAUCAGUUGCUGCCAAGUCAAAGUUACAGAUUAGUGUAUUGGUUGAUCCAAAGAGAUGAUGAACACAACAACAGAACUAUGACUGAUUGUACAGUACCGUGUAUCUUUGACAUGUCAUGUGUUAUGUGGAAAUGAUUAAAAGACGAACCAGCGGUUUCAUACUCUCCGGCCUCUUUCUUUG